AUGAGUCGAUGCGCUUUUGAUAUUCAACCAAUCGGCCGGUUUGAAGGCUCAAACACGUCGAUUCGACGCCCCAAGGAAAUCGCGUGCUUUUCUUACGAUGAUCAGCAUCAAUUUCGUCUCGAUGACUCGUCUCUGCGGUACUAUUAUCCGCCGCACCUGCCAGUAGAUCUGAAUCAAGGCUUCGAGACAUUCCAGAAAUUAGACGACACUGGAGAUGACCAUCUAGAUGCACUACUGGAAACUAUCAUUGCUCAUGAGAAGGAGACGGGAAAGAAAUGCGAGGUCGAUAUAAUCACCUGGAGAGGGAUGAUGACCAAAAUCCUUACUGCUCCAUUCGAGAAUAUGAAUGGAUUUGAAAUGAAUGCCACAUUUUUCCAGGGAACCAUAUUCAUCGAGGAAAAUAAUGCAUAUAAAAAUAUGCAGAAGCAAAUGCAGAGGAAUCAACGGAUGCCACCAGGAAUGCCUCCACAGGACGUUAUGGCAUAUUGGGGCUACAAGUUUGAGACACUUUCUGUCUUGCAGCAACCAUGGGACCCGACGCCACGUACAGAAAUCGAGGAUCGUGAAAACGAAAUUGUCAACAACCAUAGCCAGUACUGCUCCGUGGUCCGAACCGGAAUGGGCAACGUCAAGAUGAUCCUUGGCGGCGAGGUAGAUGCAGUGUGGGACUGUAAGCCUGAGCGCAAGGAAGAUGCCAUUCACUGGGUCGAGUUAAAGACAUCAGCUGAAAUACGGAACGACCGUGACAUGCUGAAAUUCGAACGCAAACUCUUGAAAUUCUGGGCACAGUCGUUUCUCCUAGGAGUUCCAAAGAUCAUUGUUGGUUUUCGUACUCCACAAGGCAUCCUGACCUCGUUGGAGGAGAUCGAGACUGCCACUAUUCCCAACCAAGUCAAAAAGGGGAGAAACACAUGGGACGGAAACGUUUGCAUAAAUUUUGCUGCUAAAUUCCUCGAGUGGCUCAAGGGCGUCAUUCACGAGGAGGGAACAUGGAGGAUCCGAAAGCAUGAGAAAUCGUCGAAGAUCGAAGUCUUCAAAGUGGAAGACAGUGGUAAUGGCGAUAUCCUCUCCCAAUCGUUCAUCGCAUGGCGCUCACAUGCCUGA